UGUCUGCUCCCAAAAAAGUUUGAAGUCAACAACUUCACAAAGCUAAAAGCUUUAUACCAUUACUACUCUUCCCUCCCUUCCAACCAAACCGAAAAAAUUAUAAUACCCAAAAAUUAAAUAUAACAAAUGAAAACACAAUGGAAAUAAACAGAGCUCCACCCCCACCACCCUACUGGAACCAACCCUCCCAUUCCUCCGCCAUGGCUCGCCGCCGUCCUCCUUCAUAUCCCUCUCCGGUACUCUCCCCUCCGGUUCUCAUCAUUCUCUUACCCAUCAUAACGUUUGUUUUUCUCUUCUUUGCUAUUCCUCCGGUUCUUUCUCUUACUUCUCACAUAUUUCGUCCAUUCACCGUAAAGAAGAGUUGGGAUUCCUUAAACAUAUUCCUUGUUCUCUUUGCGAUUCUUUGCGGAAUCUUCGCAAGGAAAAACGACGACGAAUCCGGUGCUGCUGCUACUACUACUACAAACGACGAAGGAAAUAUCAACGGCGUCGUUUCGAGUGCUCCUCCGAAUGUUUCGGACCAUGUCGGGAAUGCGAGGACCGGUCCUAUUCGUGUAUCGGAAUCGGUUUCCCAAGAAUGGUUUGGAUUUUCCGAUCGUAAUGAUAGCAAUAAUAGUAUUAAUACUAUCUAUGAUCAAAUUAAUCGGACGCCGCCGGGUUCUGCUGCUCUCCGGCUGAGGAGGAGUAGCAGCUCGUACCCAGAUCUGAGGCAAGAAUCGAAUUGGAAUGAUAACAGAGACGAUCAGAAAUUUCAGUUCCGAUUCUUCGACGAUUUCGAGAUCAAGAAGUAUCGCCAAACGGUGUCGUUUGAUCACCGGCAUCGAUCGAGACAUCGAAGCGAAGCUGAAGAUGGUGAAAUCAAAGAAGUUCCUAUUGAUACUUUUGUUGUUCGCCCUUCGACGCCUCCGAAGUCGCCGGCGCUACCACCUCCUCCGCCGCCGGCACCGAAAACUCAUUCGAAAUCGAGAAGAACGUAUCGAGCAGUUGAGCGGAGAGAGAAGGUAGAGAAUCGAGACGAAAAUGGUGGUGAUCGAGAAUUCGCGAAAGCUCGAUCUCUGCCACCUACGCCUCCGCCCCCGCCUCCCCGACCUCCGCCAUCACCAGCGAGAAUUCGGCCGGAGCCGAAGAAACUGGAAAGGAGAAAAAGCAACGUGAAAAGAGAGAUAACCAUGGCUAUAGCUUCGCUGUAUAACCAGAGAAAGAGGAAGAAGAAACAGAGAAUCGCGAACAAUAAUUACGAUUCUGCCGCUCAGUCCUCUCCAACUGAACAACUAGAGUCUCGUUACUCAAAAGUGCCGCCACCUUCCCCGCCUCCUCCGCCACCUCCACUUCCACCGCCGCACUCCGUUUUCCAUAAUCUGUUCCGGAAGGGAACCAAAAGCAAGAGAAUUCACUCAGUCCCUCCGCCUCCGCCUCCGCCCCCGCGACCCAUUUUGUCGUCGUUAACGUCAUCAACGCGCUCCUCUAGGACGAAAAAUCGUUCAGCAACUCCGCCAGCUCCUCCACCACCUCCUCCGUCCGAGCAUUCUCGCAGGAAAACAUCGACAUUCUCUGGACGACCGCCAUUGCCGGCGAAGUCGAGCUCUUACUACGACGAUAAUAUGAUUAGCGGCUGCCAGAGUCCGCUGAUUCCGAUGCCCCCACCGCCUCCUCCGCCGUUCAAAAUGCCGGAGUUGAAGUUCCUGGUUCAUGGAGACUAUGUUAAAAUACGAAGCAAUCAAAGCUCUCGUUGCGGCUCCCCUGAGCCGAUGGACGACGUUGAUUCAUCGUCAACCAAAGAAGAAUCAGAGUCAGUCAACGUGAUUAACGGUGGUGAUGGGCUUGGGUCUGUGUUCUGUCCCAGCCCAGACGUUGACAUCAAGGCCGACACUUUCAUUGCGAGGCUGUACGAUGGGUGGAGGCUUGAGAAGAUAAACUCGAUCAAGGGGAAACGAAAGCUGUGAUCUUUGGAGUCCCAUUUAGGAUUUGGGCUCAGGCCCAAUCGCUCGUCGGAAUGUGAAACUGCCACAUUUCAUGCCCGUCGUUCUUUGGGCUUUUGCCUUCUUUGAAGGCACAUACAAAAACGUCUAAUAUAACAUAAUAUAUUAUUAAGUAGAAAAUAAUAUUAUAAUAUAUGGUUGGAAGAACAGUGUAAAGAAUUGGGCUCAGAUUUUGGGGUCUCAUUUCAUCUUUCUGUUUUGGAGCACUUUCUUGCGAGACCGAGAUAUUGAGUUUGCGUUUUGGGUUUGCAGAGUCGUUUGGAAGCUUCAUGAGUGUGUGCAUAGGUAUGUAUUAUGUAGAAGAUGACCUUAGGCUCUAACUGUGUGUAUUCUUUUAAUUUCCACAAAUUAGAGCUUGUUGUUAUCAUAGAAAGAAAGAAAGGUGUGAGUUUUGAUUUGAGUCAGAAUUGGGUUGAUGAUACUACACUAAACACGUUAUGUAGAGAGAUAUGGUGGUGUUGGUCUCAGGUUGUGAUUUUUGUUCACCUCGUGGAGCUUCUAAAUAGUUUGAUUCGUAAAGUAUUAGUGUAUCAGAUUCUUGAGCUGAAAGUGUUUGAUGAUAUGAAAAAGUGGUACAUAUUGGAAAGA